AUGUCUGACGAUGAUGACUUCAUGCAAGACUCCGGUGACGAGGAGUAUGAUUUUGAAUACGAAGACGCAGACGAAGAUGAGUCGGGGGACGUGGGAAUCGAGAACAAAUACUACAAUGCGAAACAGAUCAAGAUUGACAACCCGGAGGAGGCCAUAGAUGAGUUUCUCGGUGUACCUGCGCUGGAGGACGAGAAAGGCGACUGGGGCUUCAAAGGACUAAAACAAGCGAUCAAGUUGGAGUUCAAGCUUGGCAGAUAUGGCGAUGCAGUCGAACACUAUCGAGAGCUCCUUACCUACGUUAAAUCCGCUGUCACUCGCAACUACUCUGAAAAGUCGAUCAACAACAUGCUCGAUUACAUCGAAAAGGCUUCGGACGACGACAGGGCAUAUCAGUGCAUGGAAGAAUUCUAUUCCCUAACCCUCAACUCAUUUCAGAACACGAACAACGAGCGCCUGUGGCUUAAAACAAACAUCAAACUGGCACGCCUGUGGUUGGAGCGCAAGGAAUAUGGCCAACUGAGCAAGAAAGUGCGGGAGCUGCAUCGUGCAUGCCAGCGAGAGGAUGGCUCGGAUGAUCCCAGUAAAGGGACAUAUUUGCUUGAGUUGUAUGCCCUGCAGAUUCAGAUGUACGCCGAGACAAAAAACAACAAACGGCUCAAGGCGCUAUAUCAGCGCGCACUCCGUGUGCGGUCGGCGGUACCGCACCCCAAGAUCAUGGGAAUCAUCCGCGAAUGCGGAGGCAAAAUGCAUAUGAGCGAGGAAAACUGGGAAGAGGCUCAGAGCGACUUUUUCGAGUCAUUCCGAAACUACGACGAAGCAGGCUCGAUGCAACGAAUUCAAGUUUUGAAAUACCUUGUCCUCACAACGAUGCUGAUGAAGUCCGACAUCAACCCCUUCGAUUCACAAGAGACGAAGCCUUACAAGAACGAUCCCCGUAUCCAAGCCAUGACAGAUUUAGUCGAUGCAUUCCAACGGGACGAUAUACAUGCAUACGAAGCGGUUUUGAGCAAGCACCCGGACGUUCUGGCUGACCCUUUUAUCGCGGAAAACAUCGACGAAGUGAGCCGUAACAUGCGGACGAAAGCUGUUCUCAAAUUUAUUGCUCCGUACACGCGGUUCUCGCUCAGUUUCAUCUCCAAGCACAUCAAGAUAUCUGUCACAGAAGUGCAGGAUAUCCUGAGUUACCUGAUCCUCGACAAGAAGUUGAACGCCAAGAUCGACCAGGAAAAUGGAACGGUUGUUGUUGAAAGCGCCAGCGAUGUGGAUCGACUGCGUGCUCUUGAGGAGUGGAGCGCGUCGCUCCAAAGCCUCUGGCGGGCGACAUUAGUCGAUGGCGAGGGAUUCAAGAGCGACGAGCCGGCACAGCUUCAUGGGAUGAGAGGGGGCUCGAUGCUCCAAUCGGCGUUUGGAGACGAGGCGCCUACCGCGGGUUUACGAGCUGGCAACUAUCGAUUACGGACAGGGUGGAAGGGCAAGGGAGGACAGGGUUCCAAGGCCGGUCUAGGAGCCUUCUAG